UAUAGCAGUCUUAUCCAGCAUGGCAAAGAGAAUAGUCGAUCCGAGCUGGGUCGUGUCCGUCGUAGUCAUCGGUCUAGUGGUCCCGGCCGUGGCGGGACAGUGCGCGUGUGGCAUUCGGCAGUCCAAAAAUGACACCGUCGUCCCGGGCGAGCAGAUCGAACCCGGCGAGUGGCCCUGGCAAUCGGCCAUCUACUGGUGGGGCGGAUCCAAGCUGAACCCGCCGCAGCGGAUCUGCGAGGGUGCCCUGGUGGACUCCGACGGGUGGGUCCUGACCGCGGCCAGCUGUCUGCAGAACGAAGCCGGUGACCUGCUCAACCUGACCGGCAUGGUCGGCCACGUGGGACUCGUAGCUCUGCAGCAGAAGACCGAAGGAUCCAGCCGGUUCCCGGUCGAAGGAGUGCUCAUGAACGACGACCUGGAUCUGGCCCUGGUACGACUCAAAGUCCCCGACGAAGACUGGGGCGGAAUGCCCGUCUGCCUGACCGACGGCGAAGAAGACUGGGACAAGCUGUUCGGCCGAGCCGUCUACGUCCUCCAGCAAAGCCACCGCCACCGUCUCGGCGGCUUCGAGAUCGUCAAACUGCCCCUCGAGAAGAACGUCAUCUGCUACGGGUCGGCCCUCGCCGUCAAAGCCAAAGCCAUCUCCCACAGCAACAUCAAGCUCAAAUCCCGAGGCACGCACUACCACCGUAACGCCCAGGGAACCCCACUCUACAUCCACAAACCCGAGGGCUGGACGCUGCUCGGCAUCUCCAACAAGAUCCAAGCGGACGUCCCCGGCUCGCUGUGCCACCCCGGCGACUACGAGUCCUUCCUGAACGUCAACAUGGACGAGGUGCACCAGUGGACCUUCAGCAAGCUCGACGACUUUGGGGCCGACCCGGAAACGUCCACCGAGUGAUUAAGUUAGCACCAAAUAAACCUAGACAAUCGAAA